AUGAAUGAUCACCAAACUAUUUCAACAUUAGAAUUACAUCCAAAUGGUGAUUAUUUAGCAGUUGGAUAUGAUAAUGGUUCAAUUGCAGUUUUAAAAAUAUUACAACCAUCCUCAUUAUCAAAAUUUAACAAUAAUAAUAAUAGAAAAUAUAACAACUAUCAUUUUAAAAAUAGUGUUAAUAAUUUUAAUAGUAGAAAUAUUAAUAAUAAUAACACAAAGAAUGGAACCGCCCAUAGAAAUAAAUUAAUAGGAACAAAAAGAAAAACAAUUGAUGAAAAUGAAGUUGAAAAUGGUAAUAGUAAUGGUAAUGGUUUCAAUCAAGAUGAUGACAAUCAAUUUAAAAUGGAACUAGAUGAUAGUGGCAAUGAAGAUACAAAAAGUAGCAGUGGUAGUAGUGAUGAUGGUGAUAUUAAUAAUAGUAAUAGUAAUAACAGUAGUAGUAAUGGUCAUAAUAUUCAUAAUGGGAAUAGUAAUGGCCACAAUAAUUAUAAUUAUGAUGAAGAUGAAGUUGCUGAUAAUUAUAAUGAUGAAGAUGCUGAUGAAGAUACUGAUGAAGAUAAUAGUAUUGUAAAGAUUGAUAUUGAUGAUAAUAAAUCAUAUAGAGUACUAUGUUUCUAUCAAGCACAUGAUACAGAAGUGAUUCAAAUUAAAUGGUGUAAAAAUCAUAGUUUAGCAUUAUUAUUUCUUUCAACAAGUGUUUGUUCAAUUAAAUUAUGGAGAUUACAAUUAUUACAAAAUCAAUAUCCCGAGAAACCAAAUCUAUUAACUUCAUUAAAAAAUUCUUUAAAUUCACCAAUUACCACCACCACCACCACCACCACUACCACAACAACUACUACUACCAACAGCACCACUACAUCACCCAAUAAUAUAAAUUCAAGUUUAAAUGGCAGCGCAACCUCAAAUAUAUAUAAUCAAUAUAGAAUCAAAUUUGAUUUAAAAAGGUUAUUUGAACAUGAAGAAAUAUUUAAUAUAAAUUCAAUCAGUUUAAAUAGUGAUGGUAAUACAUUUCUAUCAUCUGAUGAAUUAAGAGUUUAUCUUUGGGAUUUAAAUCAAAAUCAAGAAUGUUAUAAUAUAAUUGAUUUAAAACCAACUAGUAUGCAAUUAUUAAAUGAAAUUAUUAGAGUGACUAAAUUUCAUCCAAAUCAUUGUAAUUUAUUAAUGUAUGGAACAAGUAGAGGAUCAUUGAAAUUAUGUGAUAUGAGAGAAUCGGCAUUAAUUCAUUCAUAUAGUAGAUGUUAUGAACCAUUGGAAGUGAAUCAAUCAGCAUUUGCAGAUUAUUUGAAUUCAAUAUUUGAUAUGUCAUUUUCAUUGGAUGGUAGGUAUGUUGUAUCUAGGAAUUUACAAUCUUUAUCCAUUUGGGAUAUGAAUAUGGAUAAUAGACCAUUGGCAAUUUAUAAUCUUUACAAUGAACAAUUACUAAAUCAAAAACUUUAUGAUUUUCAUGAAUCAUCAUCAUUUGUCAAUAAAUUUCAAUGUAAUUUCAUUAAUCAACAUCAGGUUAUAACUGGAUCCUAUGAUAAUAAAUGUUUAAUUUGGAAUCCAUUCAAUUCAGAAAGUUUUAUUUUAGAAUCUCAUCUAAGACAACAAAAUCAAAAGAAAACUACUGCCAUAAGAAAUAGAAUCAAUAAUUAUUUCGAACAACAACAAUUAAUUUCUUCACCCUCAAGAGAUCAAGUAAUGAGCUUUUUUAAUAAAAUUUAUUAUAAUUCAAACUUUUUUAAUAUACAAUUAUCAACACUUUCAAAAAUUAAUAAUUUAAAUAAUUUAAAUAAUAAUAAUAAUAAUAAUAAUAAUGAUUUUAUAAAUAAUAUUUUAAAUGGUAAUAAUUUAAAUGGUAAUAAUAAUAAUAAUAAUAAUAAUAAUAAUAAUAAUAAUAAUAAUAAUAAUAAUAAUAAUAAUAGUCCAAAUAAUAAUAAUACAAAUAAUAAUAAUAAUAAUAAUAAUAAUAGUAAAUUAACUAUAAAUGAUUAUUCAAAUAGGAUUGGCUCAAUUUCAACAGCAUAUAAUAAUAAUAAUAAUACUUUAUCUUUAGCAAUUAGUUCUUCAUGUCAUUUAUUCCUUUAUAGGUAA